AGAGAUUUUGCGAUGCGAUGACAGAGUUUUGUGAUACAUUUUUACUUUGGAAGUAGUUUACAAUUUUAUUAAUUGUUGGUCAUUUUUUAUAACACAAUAUUGUCAUGAAAUCGUUUUGUGAGAGAUGAGUGUCUUCGGAGAUUUUCAGCGCGUUUGGGUGCAACGAUUUCCAGAGAGUGCUUUGCCAGCCGCUUGGGAGGAAGAUGUCAGGGCCAAUUUGGCUAAACACAAACAGAAAGUAGCUGUACUUAGAGAGGAGUUAGAGAAAGAGGAGUUUUAUGUGGAGUACUUAGAGACACUAUUAUCAGAUGUUGAGAAACACAAGGCUGCUUCACAAAGCAAUAAGACGACUCCACCCUCAGGGGCUGACGUGAACGAUGAUGAUAAGCCGUCCGAUAGUAAACAGGGUUCCAAUACCAACUCACUAUCCAAGAAGAGCGAAGCGAGCCUCAGCAGUACUAACGAGGAUGCGACGACGGAAACGGCCGAGUGCGAGGAGGUGCUCCUGCGCACCAAACCCGUCCACCUGGGCGAGCGGAGCUCGGUGAACCAGUGCAUCAACGAGCUAUCGUCCAACCUCGCCGCAGAGGCUCGCCGUCGCUGCAACAGCGAAAUUGUGCAGAGGACAGAGAACCGGCAAGAUAGUAAUGUAGCAGCAGAUACAAGUCCUAAUCAAGCUAAAAACCGUCCAACAUCACAAACUGGUGAUUUUGUAACAGUCAUCGAAGUUAAUGGUCUGAAAUUAGCAGAGAAUGCGUCUAAGAAAGCGGAGGAGUCCCCGCAGUCAGAAAGUAGUCCCGUCGAUCCUGUAGGAGCCGCCAAGAAGAAAGUACCACCCAAGCCCCCACCAAAAGUGUUCAACAAGCGCGGAGUGUCGCUCCCGGAGACUGGCCUGGUGGACGACAGCCCGCCGUCGUCACUGGGCCGUAGAAUCCGCAACGCGGAGUCACGCGAGUCCAUCGCUAGUCGGGCGUCAACGCCCUCUAUCAGCGAAAGAGUCAAAAGCUACGAGUCUAUCAAUUCACUAUCGUCGGAACGCAAGCGAUCUGGCGGCGCGGCGACUCCCCGGUCAAUUGAUGAAGAAGUGACGUCCACCACACCGGACAUUCCUGAAGGCACGGACGCGGAUAAGUCGGCACCUAUAUCCCUCGAGAGUAUACCCGCCGCCGUGCACAUAUCGGAAGACGAACCUUACUAUGAUCAAGUGCCAGUUGAUAUUAACGAUGGCGAAUAUGUGUAUAUCCAAGCAGGCGGCACGGGGUGCACCGGGUCCAGCGCGGAGGAGGGGUCGAGCGGCGCGAGCACGCUGGCGCUGCCGGCCGCGCUCGGCGCGCACGCCGCGCCGUCCGCGCCCGCCGCGCCCGCCGCGCCCACCGCGCCGCGCGCGCCCGACUCGCCGCCCUGCGCCGUCGCGCCCAACUACGUCAACAUACACUACUUCAUACAACAAGGAGGUGAGGGCACGGAGCCAAGUGAAUCGGGAACAGAGCUAGGAGAUUCGAGUGACACGCCGCUUCUCCUCAGAACAAUAUCGUCCGACACCGACACUAGCGCCACGCCGCCCACUAUCAGGAAAUUACAGACUCAGGAGCCGAAUUCCAGCAACAAUGCGGAGGCCGAGCGCCUUAUGAUGCAUCGGUGUAUCAUCACCAGUAUCAUUGAGAGCGAAACUGUUUAUGUGGAAUGUCUUUAUGUAAUGGAAAAGUAUAUGAACGCAAUAAAAGCAACACUAUCGACAUCCCAACCAGUCAUAACGGAAGAAGAGUUCAGUACUAUAUUCUACAAGAUAUCCGAGCUUCAUGAACUGCACAAGAACUUCCUCGAAGGGCUCAAAAACGCUGUCGCCAGUUGGGAGGAACCGCUGUCUGUUGGCAUACAUUUCAAGAAAAUGGCGGAGAACAUAAAUAUAUACGGCGCGUUCCUGCACAACUACGGCCGCGCGACGGACGCGGUGCGGCGCCGCUGCGGCACGUCGCAGAGCUUCGCGCACCUCACGCGGCAGAUCUCGUGCCACGGGCAGCCCAUGUCGCUCGACGACUUGCUGCACAAGCCCGUCGCGCGCGUGCAGAAGAACGCGCUCGUGCUGCACGAUCUAAUAAAGUAUACACCGGCGAGUCAUCCUGACCACGCGAUGCUAACCGACGCCCUCAACAUGACGCAACACUUUUUGGAUGAAUUUAAUAUUAUACAGACAAAGUCCAUGUUUCCGAAUGCGGAUCGCGCUCAAAGAAGACUCGUAAAAAACUCGUUUAUCGUGGAGCUAUCAGAUGGGCAUAGGAAAUUAAGGCAUCUAUUUCUUUUCAACGAUGUUAUCGCUUGUGCUAAAUAUAAGGCGUCGGGGCGAGACAAGUUCACGUUCGAGCUGAAGUGGUUUAUCCCGCUGCCGGACAUCGUGGUGGUGGAGGAGGACAGCGCAGGCGCAGGCGCGGCCGACGCGCGCGAGACCUCGCCCGCCAACAUCGUCGCGCUCAAGUCGCAGGCCUCCACCGUGCGCGACCAGAUACUCGCCGAGGAGAGGGCCGCCAGCGACGACAAGAAAAAGCUUCUUGGCGGUCGCGGCGCGGCGGAGAAGCAGCGCAAGAAGCUGGCGGAGCUGGAGGGGCAGCUGGUGCUCGCGUCGCCCAACCUCAUGUUCCGCGUGGGCGCGCGCGCGCCCGGCGGCUCCACCGCGCUGCAGCGACAACACAUCUUCUUCCUCUCCUCCGAGUACGAGCGCACGCAGUGGAUCGACUCCAUACACGCGCUGCAGGCGUCGUCAGCGCCGCCGGCUGGUUCGAAUACAAUAUCAAUGUUGGAGCUGCAAGCGUGGGUGACGGCGUGCCGCAGCUACCUGCAGACGGACAUGGGCUCGUACCUGCUUCGCAGCGGCCGCGAUGACUCGCUGCUGCUCGGCGACCUGCAGCUGCACAUCGGCGGCAUGACUGCGCCGCUCGACACUGCCGCAGAUUACUACAUAGUGGUAGAGGUGGACUCGUACGGACACUAUUUUCGCAAGGCGAAGUCGAAGCUGGUGUGUCGCAGUGCACAGCCGCGUUGGAACGAGAGCUUCACGCUCGACCUGGAGGGUUCGCAGAACCUGCGUCUCUUGCUAUACGAGGACGCCGCACGUCCCGUGCUGCGCGGCAAGUGCGCCAUCAAGCUGUCUCGCGAAUGGGUGUCGGAGAGCGCGAGCGGUGGCGUAGGUCGCACGGUGCUGCUGGGCGGCGGUUCGCUGCCGCUGCGCCUGCGCCUGCUGCCACCCGAGCGGUCCGCGCGCCGCGUGCCCAACGCCAAGCCCGGUGUGCUCUUCGGCGCCAAGAUCACGCACGUCGCCAAGCGCGAGAAACGUAACAUUCCUUUUAUAAUAAGCGCAUGCGUGCGCGAAGUGGAGCGACGAGGAAUACACGAGGUGGGCAUUUACCGCGUGUCCGGCAGCGCGUCCGAUCUCAACCGGCUCAAGAAGAGUUUUGAAACUAACGCUUAUGAAGCUGAGCAGUUACUAAAAGAAGUGGACAUACAUUCUGUUACGGGCGUGCUGAAGCUGUAUUUGCGAGAGUUGCCUGAAGCGUUGUUCACCGACGCUCUGUACCCCGAAUUGCUUCGAGCAUGGGGCUCUACUCAAGGCGCUGGCACGUCUGUGGACUCUGGGCCCGCGCAUACUAGACGACAUGCGCUGCUAAAAUGUUACGCGCAACUACCCGAUCUAAACAAAAACUGCAUCGACUUCCUACUCAACCAUUUUGUCAAGGUGAACCAACACGAAGGUGAGAACAAAAUGUCUCUGCACAAUCUGGCGACGGUGUUCGGUCCCACGCUACUGCGGCCGGCGAGUGCGGGCGCCAGCUCCAAGCAGCGCACGGACCUACUGGCGGCGGGCACGGUGGACGCCAUGGCGCAGGCCGGCAUCCUCUACUGCCUGCUGCAGCAGCGUCAGCUCGCCGCGCAGCUCUCCUCGCACCACCGCGCGCCUGCGCUCUGAGACUAACCACUAAACAUUUACGUAUUCACUACACAAAUAUUUACAACCACUGAUGUAUCCAAUAUUUGUCUCAUGGAAAUCCAGCUCUGAGCUCUUCGACUUUCGAUAUCCAGCGAAAAUUGUUUUUUGCCGCAUUUGUAACUUGGCAUACUUUUUCCGUAAGCUGAGGUCGAUCCAAAGUAACUGCUGUUCGCCACUUAUAAAUUUAACCUUCUACUUUGGCGUGAGAUCACUAGAAUAAGAACAGUAUGUCAGACUAGGUACCUUAACGCAACAUCUUUCUAAUGCUUAGACCGUGAUGUGACAAAGUUUCGAUCUCAACAAAAAAUAUUGCAUUUAAAGCUGGAGACGAGAGCUGGGGUCUGGGAUAACUAAUGUAAUAAAAUCUCGUAUGGAAAUUAUCAGUCUUACUUAUAAAAAUUUUGCAAAUCUAUGCUCAGUUAAAACACAAAUUUACUCAAUCAGCUGUAAGUCUAAACCCGCCAUCUUGACUCUUAAUAAGGUUUAACUGAUGUUUAAGGUGAUGUUUUUGACAGCUAUUUAAGCAAUUCUUAAACAUCUCUUCACGCUAAAACAAGUUUAUAAGUAAGACAAUGUAUGUCGUGCCCAACAUCUAGGGUCUUAACACUAGACCAUAAGGGAUUUUAGUACAAUCGCACAUUUCAUUCUUUAACGGUUUUUUUUCAUGUAGACAAGCCUUUUAUUUUUUUUAGAAAAUUUAUGUGACCAGAAUCUUCCCAGCUCAAGAAUUAUUGUAUUUAAGUUGCUAAUUUAUCCCUAACAAAAUACGGACUCUGCUUGAGCACUAUACUGUAGUGGUCUGCAUUUCAAACCAAUAAGAUUUAUUUAAAUUUCAUACUGAUCUGUGUAGCCGGCCACGCCCAUGAGCAUGGGCCCCACUGGUCCAACAUGGAUUUGUUUAUCUUUCUCGUUGCUUCCUUUGUUUGCUUCGUAUUAACCCAAUUUUAUACCAAAAUGAACCAUGGACACUUAUUCACGAAGAUUUUUUUAAUUGCAUUGGCCUAUGAGGGAUUGCAAAAAAUAUAUUUUUAAUGCUAAUACAUGUAAUAUGAUGAAGAGUUGUGAUGUCUAUACACAAAAUAAAAUAUUAAUUUGUAAGGUAAGAUGGUCUUGAAAUAGACAAAUUCGCCUAAAGUGUAGUAAAACUGAUAAUAGAAGAAAGGAAAGGUAACUUUCAAUGUAUACUCACAUAAGUGGGCUACAUGACACUGUAUUGUAAUUAAAUAAAUAAUUUUAUGAUAAUAUUAUGCUGUUUAAAUAGUCACAUGUGUCAAUGGUUUUCAGUUAUUAUGUCGUGAAGCGAAUCAAUCCAAUAUCUUACAUUCCAUUAUAUAACAAACAGACUGAUUGUAGAAAUAUCAUUUAGCUGAUACAUAAUAUAUCAUAACAUAAUUAAGCAUGUAAUAACAUCAAACUAUUCACUUGGAGCCAUGCCAUUGCUUGUUGCUAUACAUAUUGUAUGUUUACACAAAAUUGUACCUUUAGAUUGUUAAAACAUUAUUAUUAAAAAUUGGGUAUUGACUAAUAAAGGGAAGCGAAAUUAUUAAAUUGAGUAUUUUGAUGUGGGACCGAAACUAAGAUUUAUAAAUUGAUGGUAAUAAAAAUUAUUAGCAUAUAUUGGAGCAGACUGAUAAUAUAUUGUUUGGGCAAUAAGGUAUUUACAUAAUAUUUCCUGUUUAUGUAGAAUGAAGUCUCUUUUUGCCAUAGAAACAACUGGACCGAUUUUGUUUGGAAAAAAGGAAGUUAUACCAAGUACUAAUGUCGAAAAUAAAAUUACCUAUUCUAGUUAUACAAUCACAUAGGUGUUUUAUUGAGGCAUUGGUCUAAACACUGAUCACUUUGUAAUAUAAAAGUAACCAUUCAUGAUUAAGGGUUGCUUGGUAAUAACGCUCUUCAGUGACGAUUUUAUAUGACUCCCUUGUGAAUCAGCGCGUUAUGUAAACGAUUGUAACAUUGCGAUUUAAGUUGUUUAAAAAGAAAGGAUGUGACCAACUUCGUCUACUUUGCAGCAUUGUAUAUGCUAGUCGUGUGUAUUAUUUUAAUAGCUUUAUAUUGUAUUGUAUUGCAGCACCAACAUAAUUAUAAAAAGUAUAUUUCAAACAGUAGAUGGCUGUCACAUUAACGAUUUUAGAAAACCGUAAAAUUGAUAUAACUUAAGUAUUUUAUGUUUUACAAAUAGACUUAAAUGGUGUUAUAUUAGUACUUAACAAUAAAUGUUUACCAAAAAUAAAAAUUAUUAGAACAAAGUUAAUUUCAUAUUAUAAUUUUGUGUUGAUUUUGUUAAAAGACAAUUAGUUAACAAUGAUUUAUAUUGUUAUAUAAUAUUAAAGAUCUAGAUAAGAAGCAGUCUUACAACUCCAGAUUAUUAUUUUUAUCGCCAAAGACCACUAUUAUUUUAAAAUUAUAUUUUCAAGUUUUGGUUGAUGGUAGUUGAACUAAUUGAUUCAGAUAAUAAACACAAUUCCAUAUGCUGAUUACAUAAUAUAAAAUAAUUAAAUAAAGUAAUAUAUUUAUAUUACAUUCAGAUUAAAUGAAGUGUCUCUAUGUGAGAGAUAGUUUAGACUAGAAGUAAAACUUUAUCAUAAUUAAUGAAAGUGUAAUGGUAGACAUGGCAAGUAUUGUGUUUUCUAUAAAACUAAGUGUCAAUGAAAAUAUUUACAGUAUUUAUAAUUUGUAAAGUUUUGAUACAUCACAAUACAGAAGUAUUAAAAGAUUACUAUGUUUAAUUUAUCCAUUUUAUAUUAAGAGUAAAUACCAAUUAGACUGAAGUUUUAUACCUGUGUUUGCUGUUGCCAAAUUAAGGUUGCCAAUUACUUUCAAAAUAGUUUUAUAGUGGCAUUAACUUACUUUCACAUUAGCAUAAUCAGUACAGCAGUGUUGAUGGUUGUGUGAAAUAUAAACAAGGGCUUUUUUCACAUAUAGCACUUUAUUUCAGUGAUUAUAUUUAAUUUAGAGUCACAAUUUGUAGCUUUUAGGUUUAUAUUGUCCUUGUAUUAGGAACACAUAUUGUGAAAAAGGCUCUAAUUCAUGUUACCCUGUAGGAUGCAAAA